AAAUACAAAGUGCGGGAAAUGGCUCCAGCUCCCGAAAUGGACAACACAGAUGAUCAAACACAAGCCACCGAAUCAAUAGCACAGGGCCGAUCAAGGCGUGAAAAGAAAGACAAAUCAGGAAAAUUUGCUGCUUUUGAAAAACUUAAAAGAGCAAAAGAAAGGGGAGAAAAAAAUAAAUAUGAGCUGGAAGAAGAGAAAGCUGUGUAUGAUAUUGUUGAUGAAGAUAAUUAUUCUGAAAUAGUUCGGCAGCGACAAGAAGAUGAUUGGAUUAUUGAUGAUGAUGGAGCUGGUUAUGUUGAAGAUGGACGUGAAAUAUUUGAUGAUGAUAUGGAUGAUGAUACUUUUUCUAAAAAUGAAAAGAAAAAAGAUGGUGAUAAGAAGAAAAAUAAGAAUAUUGUACGACCAGGUACAAAACCUAAAGCUAAUAUUAAAUCAAUGUUUGCAGCUGCUUCCAUGGUAACAAAGAAAAAACCAGAGAAGGAUGUGAGUUUAGCUAAUGAUGAUUUAUUAGGAGAUUUAAUGGAAGAACUACAUAAAGGUUCUUCACAAGCUAAACCUCUUCCUGUUAAAAUCAACAAAAACAAAGCAGCUUCAAAAGAAGCAUUGAACCCAUUCAGUGUGAAACCACUUCACCCCAAGAAUAUAAAACGGGAAUUAGACAACUCAAGUCAGAAAUAUGUUUCUCCCACUAUUAAAGUUAAAAAACAAUGUAAACCAGAAUCAUUUAGAACCAAACCUGAACCAGUUCGAGUUAAAAAGGAACCAGUUGAAGUUAAGCAAGAACCAACUGAGGAAGAAUCACCAAUGAUUGAAGAAUUUGAUACUAACAUGGAUGAUGAUGAUGAACUAGUCUUAAAUCAAAAUGGUCUCAAUGAUCUCAAUGAAUCAGGUAUGGAAUUAAAUGAUAUAGAUUUCAAUGAUGAAGUUGAUGAUGUAAAGCCUAUUAAUAGUAAACCAGUUAAAAAAGAAAAUACGGUCAAAUCACAGCCAGUUAUAGAAAGUAAAGAGUUUGUAUCAUCUGGUUGGGAUAGUAUACAAUCUGAUAAUACAGGUAGUGUUGUAGAUAUACAAGUUGAUUCAUCUAAAUUACCUCUAGUUACUAAUGAAGAAGGGGAACAAGUAAUGAGAUUCUAUUGGCUAGAUGCUUAUGAAGAUCCCUGGAAACAACCUGGUAUCGUGUAUCUGUUUGGUAAAGUUUGGAUUGAAUCGGCCAAGACACAUGUUAGUUGUUGCGUUACAGUCAAAAAUAUACAGAGACAUGUAUAUCUUUUACCUAGAAAAACAAGAGUAAAUACAAAGACUGGUGAAGAUACAGGUUUUGAAGUUAAUAUGGUAGAUGUCUAUACAGAAUUUAAUGAUAAAAUUUCAGAAAAACAUAAAAUUAUGAAAUUCAAGUCAAUGAAAGUUACUAAACAGUAUGCAUUUGAGAAGAUAGAAGUACCUGUAGAAUCUGAUUAUUUAGAAGUGAGAUAUGCUGCUGAUUUACCUGCACUACCCACAGAAUUAUCAGGAGAGACAUUUAGUCAUGUAUUUGGUGCCAACAAGUCUAGUUUGGAACUGAUGUUGAUAGAUAGAAAGAUGAAGGGUCCUGGAUGGUUAGAUUUAAAAUGUCCACAAUUACCCUCCGGUUCAACAAGUUGGUGUAAAGUAGAGGCUGUUGUUUCUCGGCCUGAACAUGUGACUGUUUAUAAAGAUUCCUCAUUAGACCCACCCCCACUUGUUAUUAUGUCACUUAAUCUACGUACACUACCUAACCCUAAAACACAUCAAAAUGAAAUUAUCGGUGUAGCAGGUUUAAUACAUAAUGAUUUUCACAUGGAUAAACCAGCACCUAAACAACCUCUCUUUCAACAACAUUUUUGUGUGAUAACCAAGCCAAAUGACUGUAUAUUCCCUUUUGAUUUUAAAGACAAGUUACAGAGAGAGAGUAAAAAUAUGAAGACUGAAAUGUUACCAACCGAAAGAGCGUUGUUGGCCUAUUUAUUGGCUAAAAUUCAUAAAAUUGAUCCUGAUCUUAUUGUUGGACAUGAUAUUGCUGCAUUUGAUUUGGAUGUUAUUUUACAUCGUAUUAAUGCCAACAAAAUACCCCAUUGGUCGAAAAUUGGUCGUUUAAAGAGAUCCAUUAUGCCCAAGUUAUCUAGUGGUCCUGGGCAGCGUUCUAUGGGUGAGAAAACAGCUGUAUGUGGUCGUAUGAUGUGUGAUAUACAGAUAUCAGCUAAAGAAGUUAUACGUAGCAGAAGUUAUGACCUUACAGAACUAGUACAACAUAUAUUAAAAGAUAAACGAGCAGAAGUAGACUAUGAUGAAAUUAGAAAUAUGUAUGGAUCAUCACAACAUUUAUUACAUCUGCUUGAACUGACAUUGGUUGAUUCUACCUAUAUUUUACGUAUUAUGUAUGAAUUAAAUGUUAUACCACUGGCUCUACAGAUCACAAAUAUAUGUGGUAAUAUCAUGGCACGUACGUUGAUGGGAGGAAGAUCCGAAAGAAAUGAAUAUUUAUUAUUACAUGCAUUUACAGAAAAGAAUUUCCUAGUUCCAGAUAAACAAUACAAGAAAAAAACACCAGUGCAAGCUGAAGCCGAUGAUGAAGAUUUGGAUACAACUAAAUCUAAAAAAUCACAAGGAAAACGAAAACCAGCUUAUGCAGGAGGCUUGGUCUUGGAACCGAAAAAAGGUUUUUAUGACAAGUUUAUUCUGUUGCUAGAUUUUAACAGUUUAUAUCCGUCUAUAAUACAAGAGUAUAAUAUAUGUUUUACUACUAUUAACAGAACACCAACACAACAGAAUAACACAGAAGAUGAUGAAGAAAUAAUGCCAGAAUUACCUGAUAAAGAUUUAGAACCAGGUAUUUUACCUACAGAAAUUCGUAAAUUGGUAGAAAGUCGAAAACAAGUGAAACAACUUAUGAAAACUGAUAAUUUAUCACCAGAGCAAAAAAUGCAGUAUGAUAUAAGACAGAAAGCUUUAAAAUUAACAGCUAACAGUAUGUAUGGUUGUCUUGGUUUCUCACAUUCUCGUUUCUAUGCUAAACCACUGGCUGCCAUGGUUACAGGCAAAGGAAGAGAGAUUUUACUCCACACAAGAGAUUUAGUUCAAAUGAUGAAUCUAGAAGUUAUAUAUGGUGAUACAGAUUCAAUUAUGAUAAAUACUAAUUCAACUGAUAUGGAUACAGUAUUUAAACUAGGAAAUAAGGUAAAAUCGGAAGUAAAUAAAUUAUAUAAAUUGUUAGAGAUUGAUAUAGAUGGUGUAUUUAAAUCUAUGUUAUUACUCAAGAAGAAGAAAUAUGCUGCUUUAACGGUAACUAAAAAUAAUGACGGUAGUUUUACCACAGCUCAGGAAUUAAAAGGUUUAGAUAUCGUUAGACGUGAUUGGUCAGAUUUGGCGAAAGAAGCAGGAAAUUUUGUUGUAAGCCAGAUUUUAUCUGGUGAUAGUCGUGAGUUAAUAGUAGAAAAUAUUCACACUAAGUUAAUAGAAGUAGGAGAAAAAGUCAAGAAUAAUGAAAUACCUGUAGAAUUAUAUCAUAUUACUAAGCAAUUGACAAAAAAUCCAGAGGAUUACCCAGAUAAAAAGAGUUUACCCCAUGUACAAGUAGCAUUACGUCUAAACACUAAAGGUGGAAAGAAAUUACGUGGAGGUGAUACUAUAGCUUAUGUUAUUUGUGAUGAUGGUUCUAAUUUACCUGCAUCACAAAGAGCUUAUCAUCCUGAAGAAUUAGCUAAGGUAGAGAAUCUUAAGAUAGAUGUCAAGUAUUAUCUAUCUAAUCAAGUUCAUCCAGUAGUAUCUAGAUUAUGUGAUCCUAUUGAAGGAACUGAUGCUGCCCAUUUAGCUGAAUGCUUAGGUUUAGAUCCAUCUGGCUAUCGACAAGCAUCCCAUAAUAAUCAUGAUGAAGAAGAUGCAUUGCUAGGAGAUCAGUUAACAGAAGAAGAAAGAUAUAAAGACUGUGAUAGAUUUAAAUUUAUUUGUCCUGAAGUUAACUGUGGAAAGGAGAUCAUAUUUGAUAGUGUAUUUAAUGGAACUGAAGCUUUCAUAGAAUGUUCAUUGGCUAAAUGUACUAAUUCUACAUGUCAGUCAAGUCCUAAAGAUUAUCUUCCAAGAAUACAGAAUCAACUUACUACAACAAUUAGACAACAUAUUGAAAAAUAUUAUGAGGGUUGGAUGAAAUGUGAAGAUACAGCUUGUGGUUCUAGAACGAAGAAAUUACCUCUUAUUUUUCAACGGGGUCAUCCUAUAUGUUCUGUUUGUCAGCGUGGUAUCUUACAUACAGAGUAUAGUGAUUCAGCUUUAUAUACACAGUUAUGUUAUUAUCAGUAUAUAUUUGAUCCAGAACGAGCCUUAAGUCUUCUUAGUGAAAGAGAUAGAAGUACUGCCAGAUUAAAGGUUAAGGAUUAUCUAGCAGAUUAUGCUAUUGUUAAAAGAACAGUUGAUAGAUGGAUUAAACAAAGUGCUUAUUCAGAAGUUAAUCUCAAUAAACUAUUUGACGGAUUAUUUAUUCUCAAAUAAUAAGGGAAUUCCCAAAUUAAAUAAUAAAAUUAUAAGUAUUAACAAUACCAGCAUUUAAAUGGGUUAAAAAUUGGUGUUUCAUUAAUUGUUUUAUCCAAUAAGAUAUAACCUUUUAAAGAGUGUUGUAGGAAUUUAUAAUAAAGAUCAUCUAAUGAAUUUCAAAGUUUCAUGUAUUUAUUCCUGUAGAUAUGUUAUACAUUUUAAAUCAAAACUAUUAAUAACAGAUUGUACAACAACAAUUGUUUUAGGCUUCCUUGUAUAGUUUAUUCCCAGGACUGAUUUAGUAUAAAUAAUUAAAAACGUUUUGUACAUACUUCUUUUGAAAUAGUAUACUUAUAAUGUACAUAAUAUUUAUUUUAAUUCUCAAAUAUAAAUUUAUAAACCAUAAAGAAUAUUAAUAAAUGUUUCCUUUUAUAUAUUUUUAGAAAUAACACAAACAGAAAUUUUUGUACCAUCUACAUUUGACCCAUAAUACUAUGGGAAAUAUUUUUUAAAAUUUAUCCAAAGAUAUAUAAAUAGGAGAUAAACUAAAAAUUAUUAUUUAGGCGUACAUUUUUAGGAUGAUAAUACAUGCAUGACCUCAAACAUAUUAUAAAAACUUGAUUAUUCUUUCCAGAAUGCAUUAUUGUUUAAAAACAUUUGUAAAU